UUGACAUUGUCAGAACCGAAUUCAGAGUUAGUUACAACUUUCCCACAGACACAAAAGGUUAAAGGAAUUUUUCGAACAACAACAAAAAUCGGAAGUCUUGAAUUCCACAAGAAACGUUCGAGGACUUUUUUCAGUAAUCAUUUUUGUUUAGGGAGAGAGAAAUAGGAACCAUCGCCAUGAACACCGUUGAGGAGGACUGCAGCAGCCUCACCUAUGGCUCCCCCAAGAGUCAGGAUUCCGAUCGGGAUCAGGAGCAAUCCCCUUCCCAGCUCCAGGCAACACCACCGCAGUCAGGAGCGCGCAAACGGAUGGAGACUCCCAUCCGAGUGCGCGACAUGAUCAACUUGUACAACUUCGCCACGCAGAAGAACCAGGAGCUGGAGCGGGCCAAGUCCAUUUACUUUGGCAACGGCUUAAGGUCGGAUGAGGAGCAGGUGGUGGAUGGCGAUUGCGGUAGCAGCUGCUGCAACAUGUCGCUAUCGGAGGAUAGGGACCAAGGCGCCGCUAACGGAGGGGACGGACAGUGCUCGGUGCGCCAAGAGAAUCCGGCGGACAACAACGAAGUGGAAAGCAUCUACAAGAGCAAAACCACCAUUCGACGCACAAACCAGGGCGCACGCAUUAUUAUAGACAUUUUCUUUGACAAGAAGGAUAGCAACAUAGACUUAGUGGGCAGCCGUGUGGAGACGGACAUCCCCGAGAGCCGCAUUCUGGCUGACUUUCAGCAACAUUCGCUGGCCAUGAAGAACGAGGAGCAAAAGCAGGGGAUCCAGAAUGGGUCCAGUGCCCAGUCCACAUAGACUAGCCUUAGAAAGCCAGGAGAUAUCUAACUAAAUUCCGGGUUGCAACGUAUAAACACAGUGUUAAGCA